AUGGCGGCACAGAAAGUGAAGAAGGCGUCCUCAAAGGCGCCCGUUGAGAAGCCGAAGGCCAAAACUGCCGCUCCUCCACCUGAGUUAAUUGCGUCGAUUGCCGCUUUCUUGUCUCAAUCUGGCUUCAAAAGUACAAGCGAGGCUCUUGCCAAGGAGCAGUCUAAGAAGUCGAUCGCCAAGGCCGACUCGAAGGACGUCCCGUCACUGCUGGACAUUUUCCAGAGCUGGCAGGACCGGAAGAGCGAGAGCAGCUCCGACAGCGACAGCAGCUCGAGCAGCAGUGAAGAUGAGUCUAGUGACUCUGAUGUUGAGAUGAAUGAUGUGCCGAAAAUGCAAGGGAAGCAAUCUAGAGAAUCCUCUCCUUCCUCGUCUUCCUCUUCCUCUUCCAGCUCUGACAGCGAUGCCGAUGACGAAGAGGAUGACGAUGCCGUCCCGGCGUCUGCUCCAGUGCCGAAGACCACCGGCACCAAGCGCAAGGCCGAAUCGAGCUCAUCUGAGUCGUCAUCGGAAUCCGAAUCCGAAGACGAGGCUCCGAAGACCAAGAAGGCCAAGCUCUCUACUAAGUCAGACUCGUCCUCAUCUUCAUCCGACUCCUCCGACAGUGAGAGCAGCGCUUCAUCUUCCGAUUCUGACUCCGACUCCGAGUCCUCCGACAGUGAGAGCGGUUCUUCAUCUGAUUCCAGCUCCGACUCCGACUCCGACUCCGACUCCUCGUCUGAAUCCGAGGAGGAACCCGCCAAGAAGGCUGCUAAGAAGGUCCUGAAGACUGCUGCCAAGACGCCCUUGCCUGAUUCAAGCUCGAGCUCGUCCAGCGACUCUGAUUCAUCGUCCUCCGACGAGUCUUCCUCUGAUGAGGAUCAGAAUAGCGGCAGCCGCAGCUCCUCGUCCUCGCAGAACUCCUCUAGCAGCAGCAAAACUGUCCAGCCCUCUGAUUCCGAUGCGAAGGAGCCCGUGAACGAGACUACAAAGCAGGUUCAAGAGACCAACUCUUCCAGCGCCAGCCCCGCUCCCGGAAAUGACCCAGCUAAAAAGAAGAAGCACACUGGAGCUCGUCCCACACCUCUCGCUGUUCUUAGUGAACUGCCACAUGACCACCCCUCGAACAAUUACAUCCCAUAUGCCUACGCCGAAAAGGCUUGGAAGGAUCUGUCUGUAACUCGCGGCAAGGGCUUCACAAAAGAGAAGAACAAGAAGAAGCGUGGCUCCUACCGCGGCGGCCCCAUUGACAUCUCCGGAGGCAAGUCCUUCAAGUUUGAGGACUAG